AGUGAUCUGCCCGCCUUGGCCUCCCAAAGUGCUGGGAUUACAGGCGUGGGCCUGUAUUUUUUAAUGUUUUUGUCGUCGUCGUUGUUGUUCAGGUUAUCGUCCAGAAGGAACUUUUUUAAAGAUAGAAGUUUCGUGAAAUGUGGUAGUACGUAAAUAAGGAUGAUGUUUAAAUUAUCUAACAAAAAUUGAAGCCAUGGUGCGCCAUUUCAACGGUGUUUAUACUUUGUUUAAAGGAGAAUGGAAUCUCUAUUUAUGUAUAAUUGCAAUAUUUUGUCACUUUGUGGGACCUCAGUGCAGCCAAUAAGAUGGACCUGGAGAGGUGGAAGAUAACUAGAGGAGUAGGCACUACCGGUCAUUUUCCAGUUAUCUUAUGCUGUGAAAUAAAUAAAAGAUGAGAAAUUAGGUGAAACAAGAUUAUGGAGAAGUAUGUAACCAACCUGAUUUGCUGCUUUGAAUAGAAACUGUCUAACUAGGUUUUCUGCUUAAAUGAGGCAUUGUUGACAGAUUGCUAAUAGCUGCUUAUUAAGAAUUUCUAAUGAGGAGAUUUAGUAGUCAUCCAAAAGUAAGCCCCAUUAAAUGAAGAAUCUAACUUUGAAAAUAAUAAAAUACUUUUGUUGUGUGCAAGAUUUAAUGUGUGCAGUUAUAGAAUUUGUGAUUAUUCAUUUGCUUUUGUGGAUAAAAGGCAAAAGUAUAAAUGAAAUAUUAUGACAUUAUUAAAUGCCUAUUUUGUCUGUCUUCAGAAUUCAUUCUGGUUUACAAUUCAUUAUAAAUUGAUACCAGAUAAAGACUCAUAAUAUAGAGUCUGCUUUAUGACUAAUCCCGUAAACCACUGCAGUGGGAUGUGUGAACAAGAGUAAUUAUGUUGUUCAACAAGAAAUACCUAAUUCUUAUCCACAGUGUAGACAUAACCUUCAAUAAUGGAAGGUCACAGCUAAUGAUACAAUAAAACCAACACUUUCUGUUCAGUUGCAAAAGCCUGUUUGCUUGUUGACAUUUUUUGAGUAUUAUUGUAUUUAUCUUUCUCAAAACAUGGCCCCUGCCUCUGUGUAGUUGGGACAGAGUUUGCAUACAUAUGUAUGUAUGUUUUUGCAAAGUUUUACAUAUCUGAAAAAGGGAUUGAGUAAAAUAUUAUUGUCUUGAAUGGUGAGGACUUCCCAUUCCCCACUACUCUGCCCUUAGAACACUAGAAGCCAGCCUUAUACCGCCAAAGCAGGAGAUUGGAUUGUUCCUUUCUGUCAAAAGUGAUCAGACAAAAGGAAGCAAAGGGAAUCCAAACAAAACAGCCAGGUUAUUGCUCAGUUAUUCUAGAUGAAGUACCCUGGUCUGCUCACUCACAUAGAUUUUCCAAUCAUCUUUUUAGUAUCUUACUCUUAAAUAUGUAUGCACAGCCCAGGAUUGCCUCUCAUUUAAGGAAAGCUUCCGGCAUGAAAGACAGAGACCAAUGUAGGGAGAAGAAGAAAACAACAUCAACACCCAAUUUAUAUUCUCAAAAAAGAAAAAUAACAAAAUGUAGAGGAAAAAGGAAAGAGAAAUAUACAGAAAAUUAAGAGUUCAUGGAAAUUAAAAAUUUAAUAUAAGUGUUAGGAGAUAAAAUUGAGGAAAAUCCCAGAAGAUAGAGCUAAAAGACAAGAGAUGUAAAAAUGCACAAGGAAAAAGAAAACAGAGUAAAGGAAAAUUAGAUAAUCAGUCUAGGAAGACCAGUGUCUGAAUAAUAAGUAUAUAAGAAAGAGAAUGCAAAGACAUGGAAGGAAGAUUAUUGUAAGAAAACUUCCCAGAACUGAAGGACAUACAUCUCUAAGUUUAAAAGACUCGACAGUUAUCAGUUUAUGCAGUUAAAAAAAAGAAAAGACCAACCCCAAGGCACAACAUUGUAAAAUUUCAGAACACAUUAAGACAAGCUUCUGUGAUUCCAGAUGGGCAUAUAUAGUUGACUAUGAAGGAUUAUGGGUCAGAUUGGUACUAGGCUUCUUAACACUGGAAGCCAGAAAACAAUAAGGAAAGGCCUUCAAAAUAUUGACAGAACAUGAUUUCCUGCCCAGAACUCUGUACUGAGCCAAACUCAGUAGUAAGGGUAAAUGAAGAUUUUAAAAAUACAAUGCAAGGAAUAAAAACAUCGUGCCCCCUUUCUCAGAAAGCUGCUGGAGGAAAUACCCCACAAAAAAAGAGAAAACCGAGAAAGAGGAAGUAGUGGGAUAAGGAAACGGGAUCCAGUAUAAAAGAGAGACAAGGGAAUUCCCGAGAUAAGCUAAAGGGAAAUUCCAUGACCAUAAUUGUGCACCAGGCCUAGAGAGCCUACAGUCCAAAUUGGAACACGGUGGAGGGCUACAGGAAAGAAAUUAAAACUGAUUUACCUGAUAUAUUUGAAUAUAUUGAGAAGAAAGUUAAUACUUUUAGCUGUUUGCAGAUGAAUUAGCAGUAGGUACCUAGAAACCUAAGCAAAUGGAAAAAUGGUGUAAUUAUUAACUGUAAGGAAAGGAAAGUUAUACAGAAAAGGAAGAGUAAUCAUGAUGUACUUUUGACUUAGCUGUGAAUAUUAUUUACAGCCAUAGUAAUAAUGUAAGUACUGACAAUUGGUUCAACCAAAAAUUAUGAUAGAAAGAUGAGGGAGAAGAGAUGUAACAGAACUAAACCAUUGUAUUUUAUAAUAGAAAGUCAGUAAAGUCCUCAAAGAAAAAAUUAAACAGCUGCAUAGACCUACUACAUAGAAUAUAGAGAAAAAAAUGCCAGAAGAACUAGCUAAAAAGACUUGAAAGUGGUUGCCUCAGGGAUUUGAAAAUUGUGGGGUAUGUUAAAGGGGGAAGGAACUGCUGUUUUUCUUGUACAACUUUUUGGUUUUUUAAGUUGUGUUCAUGUCUGUCAGAUUAAAAAAUUAGUUUUAAGAGGUUGCUCCUUACAGAAUGCUCUUGUGUUCAAAAUAUAUACCGUUCUGAGGCAUUCUAAAUCCCCUAGAAUUCUGAGAACUCUAUCAAUUGCGGACGUAGAGUCAGCAGAAUGCUAUGAAAUUGCUGAGGAAGUAAUGAUUUCUAAUAGUACUAGUGGUUGAUGUAAUCCUUACUUGUAAAUAUUCAUUUUGUUGUAGUGCUAACAAAUGGAGAUUUUUAAACACCUUAAAUAAAUUCAGAUUAAAAUAUAUUUCAUUUCAACAUCUCAAAUGUAUUAGUGUUUAGUUUUCUUCAGUGUUGUCAACACUUUUCAUUGUGAAUUGACUGCUUUAUGCUUCUUUGCAGCUUUUCUGUUGAAAGAUGCUUCAGUGUUUCCCUCCCGCUUCUUUUAUUUCAUUUUAAAAAAUACUGCAUGCUUAUCACAGUCCUUAAGAGUAUGCAACAGCUGUUCCAAUAACAGCAAUAGAUACCACCUGAUUUUUCAUUAUACCUGAUUAUAGGUUGCAAUGGUUAAUUUGAAUCCACACACAUUCUUUUCUUAUCUUAAUCACCUGUUUUUAAAAGCUAAACUGUUGAAGCUUGAAAUGGAGAUUGAGUUACAUAAAUGGAGAUUGAGUUAAAUAAAUUAAUCUUCAAAUAGGUUUUUCUGUUUUCCAGUUAAAAGGCAUGUGGUUCGUGUCCUCUUAAAGUCAGCAUACUAUAGUGUGAAAGAAAGCACAGUAGGAGUAGAACCAGUUGCAUGACAUUCAACAAGUUUCUUCACCUAAGUCUUAUUUUCCCACCUGAAAAGCGAGAACAGUACCUGCCUGAUAAUUAUGACAAUUGAUGAUGAAUCCUGUAAAAAAACCAAAAACACCCACUUACUCAGGAGACCGAGGCAGGAUCACCUGAGCCUAGAUGUUUGAACAGUCUGGGCAACAUAGCAAGAUCCUGUCUCUUAACAAACAAAACUAAAAAGCUUGGCUUGCUGAUCGCAGCUACUAUUUGAGUACCUACUAUGUACCAAGUAUUGUUAUUGCUGCUGCUAUGCUUUGUUUCAGAGAGAGAAAAAAUAUAAUUGAGGGGCUCUCAAGUUUAUUGUUGUGUCAUAAGCUUUUUUUGGAUCGUCAAGCAAGAGAUUAUAUGAGAAAUGUCAACAUAUUCUUCUACAAAAAUAGGAAAAUAAUAUAUCUGCAUUGCAUCUAAAUCUUUGUAGCUGUAGAAUAAAGUCAAAAGCUGCCAUCAAUGCAGGGUUUACAGUAGUCACUGAGUUUUGCUGGUUUGUUUUUGAUUUAGGAUAAUGGAGUUGAAAUAGUUCUCUUUAAAAUUUGUACCUUUUUUCCCUGUAAAAUGCAGUACAUUUGACCCAUGCCAACUUAAAUUUAUUUUUAACCUCUAAUCCUUGAAGUUUCAUGUUAUUUAUUUAAAAGCAGUUUACUUAUUAAUAGUACAUUUCUGUUUGAAGUCCCUGUUCCUUUUUAAAUAAUAAAAGUCUUUAAAAGUAUUUUGUACUCUUUUGGUGAGUAGGGAGAAAUUGAUAUCCUGCUGAUAUUAUAGUUAGUAAUUAUUUACAAUCUUUGAUAACAUCUAAAAAGAGAAACAUUUCUAAGAUUUGGGUAGCAUUUGUUUUUAAGGUUUACAUUAUAUCUUUGCAUGCCUCUACAGAACAUGAAUUUGAGCGUUCAUUUGGAUAAGUUAUCACUCUAGAUGCUACCUCCCACCCUUUCUUCUGGUCUCCUUUCUUGUUUGUUCAUUUGUUUGUUCAUUCAUUCAUUCAUUGUGCAGGCAUUUGAAGAGUUUCCACUAUAAGGCCCUAGUCUUAGAAGCUGAGGGUAAUGUGGUUGUGUACCAUGGAGAACCCUGGGUUGGUUAUAGAAUCACUUGUGUAAACAGAAAAUUACAGUAAAGCAAGAUAAAUGCUAAAAUACAGAUACGAAAAGUGGCCAGUAAUAAUAGAGUAAAAAUCAUCCUACCAGGUCUAAUGGGCAAAGGCUAACAAAAACUGAACCUUGAGGAAAGAGUUUUCCAAGCCAGAGAAGUAGAGGAAGGACUUGUAUUUCUUUGAUUAACCAGCUGUGUUGCUUAUAAAGCUCUUUAUAUACUUUUCUCCUCAGUAUUUUAUUUUUUGCUUAAUAGUUUUGCCACUUGCAAAGAAUUGGCUGCUGUCAUCAUUGUGAGUGGUGGUGAGUUAGGGAAGGCAGCAUAGCUUUUGUGUAUCUGGUAUGAGGUGAAGGAAUCAGUUGGGGAAAUAGAGAGCAAAUGGUAAGCUUACAUGUGUCUUUUUAUCCUAAUACUCCCUGUCAGUGGUGAUGCAGUCUUUUAGGAUUCUGCUAAUAGCUGUGUGAUCUUGGCAAAUGGUUAUGAGCCUUAGAGUUUCUGAACUCCAAGUACUGUUGGGCUACGCUGGGAGGAACAAGCACGGACGCAAACACGAACUUCUCACAAAAGCCCUGCAUUUGCUAAAGGCUGGCUGUAGUCCUGCUGUACAAAUGAAAAUUAAGGAACUCUAUAGGCGGCGGUUCCCGCAGAAAAUCAUGACGCCUGCAGACUUGUCCAUCCCCAACGUACAUUCAAGUCCUAUGCCAGCAACUUUGUCUCCAUCUACCAUUCCACAGCUCACUUACGAUGGUCACCCUGCAUCAUCGCCAUUACUCCCUGUUUCUCUUCUGGGACCUAAACAUGAACUGGAACUCCCACAUCUUACAUCAGCUCUUCACCCAGUCCAUCCGGAUAUAAAACUUCAAAAAUUACCAUUUUAUGAUUUACUGGAUGAACUGAUAAAACCCACCAGUCUAGCAUCAGACAACAGUCAGCGCUUUCGAGAAACCUGUUUUGCGUUUGCCUUGACACCACAACAAGUGCAGCAAAUCAGUAGUUCCAUGGACAUUUCUGGGACCAAAUGUGACUUCACAGUACAGGUCCAGUUAAGGUUUUGUUUAUCAGAAACCAGUUGUCCACAAGAAGAUCACUUCCCACCCAAUCUUUGUGUGAAAGUGAAUACAAAACCUUGCAGCCUUCCAGGUUACCUUCCACCUACAAAAAAUGGCGUGGAACCAAAGCGACCCAGCCGACCAAUUAAUAUCACCUCACUUGUCCGACUGUCCACAACAGUACCAAACACCAUUGUUGUUUCUUGGACUGCAGAAAUUGGAAGAAACUAUUCCAUGGCAGUAUAUCUUGUAAAACAGUUGUCCUCAACAGUUCUUCUUCAGAGGUUACGAGCAAAGGGAAUAAGGAAUCCGGAUCAUUCUAGAGCUUUAAUUAAAGAGAAGUUGACUGCGGAUCCGGACAGUGAAAUAGCUACAACCAGCCUAAGGGUUUCUCUACUGUGUCCACUUGGUAAAAUGCGGCUGACAAUUCCGUGUCGGGCCCUUACAUGUUCUCAUCUACAGUGUUUUGACGCAACUCUUUACAUUCAGAUGAAUGAGAAAAAACCAACCUGGGUUUGUCCUGUCUGUGAUAAGAAGGCUCCAUAUGAACACCUUAUUAUUGAUGGCUUGUUUAUGGAAAUCCUAAAGUACUGUACAGACUGUGAUGAAAUACAAUUUAAGGAGGAUGGCACUUGGGCACCGAUGAGAUCGAAAAAGGAAGUACAAGAAGUUUCUGCCUCUUACAAUGGAGUCGAUGGAUGCUUGAGCUCCACAUUGGAGCAUCAAGUAGCUUCUCACCACCCGUCCUCAAAUAAAAACAAGAAAGUAGAAGUGAUUGACCUAACCAUAGACAGUUCAUCUGAUGAAGAGGAAGAAGAGCCAUCUGCCAAGAGGACCUGUCCUUCCCUUUCUCCCACAUCACCACUAAAUAAUAAAGGCAUUUUAAGUCUUCCACAUCAAGCAUCUCCAGUAUCCCGCACCCCAAGCCUUCCUGCUGUAGACACAAGCUACAUUAAUACCUCCCUCAUCCAAGACUAUAGGCAUCCUUUCCACAUGACACCCAUGCCUUAUGACUUACAAGGAUUAGAUUUCUUUCCUUUCUUAUCAGGAGACAAUCAGCAUUACAACACCUCCUUGCUUGCCGCUGCAGCAGCAGCAGUUUCAGAUGAUCAAGACCUCCUACACUCGUCUCGGUUUUUUCCGUAUACCUCUUCACAGAUGUUUCUUGAUCAGUUAAGUGCAGGAGGCAGUACUUCUCUGCCAACCACCAAUGGCAGCAGUAGUGGCAGUAACAGCAGCCUGGUUUCUUCCAACAGCCUAAGGGAGAGCCAUAGCCACACCGUCACAAACAGGAGCAGCACGGACACGGCAUCCAUCUUUGGCAUCAUACCAGACAUUAUUUCACUGGACUGAUUCCCAGGCCCUGCUGCUCCCAUCCCCACCCCAGAUCAAAUGAACUUGGCAGAAAGAAGAGAACUUUGUGCUCUGUUUUACCUUACUCUGUUUAGAAAAGUAUACAAGCGUGUUUUUUUCCUUUUUUUAGGGAAAAAAUUAAAAGAAAUGUACAGAGAACAAAACUAUAUUUUCAGUUUUACUUUUGUAUAUAAAUCUAAGACUGCCUGUGUGAUAAAAACACUUGUUUAAAAAAAAAAAGGAAAGAAAAGAAAAAAGAAAAAACAAGCACCCACAAACCACCUUCAGCUCAUUUUUUUCUGGAUUCUGAAGAUUUUUCAUCAUUUGUCCUAUGGUUUUGGUUUUAUUUUACUUCAAUGGCAUUAUUUUAUUUGCAAUAACAGAAAAGGAAUUGCAUGUAUGAAGUUUUAAAUUGUGGGCUUUUCUUUGUUGUGGGGAGGGGGUUGGGGGGAUAGUUUGAUUUCCAUUUUCUGAAAACGACAGACUUGGAUUCUGUUUGUGUGUGUGUGCAUAUUUUAUCCAGCCUUAAGUUAUAAAGCUCAUCUGUCCCACUGCAUUCCCUAUGUAUUUUCAGGACAUGGCUCGUGGGUGUGUGUUCAUUGUGUGCGUCUGUAUGUAUUUUUCUGUCAUCACUGUUCCCUCUCCUCCCAAGUGUGCAUUCAGUUAAUAUAAUCAGUUGCUUGCUUCUUUCAAAGUGCUUUGAAGGUCUUGAACUCACGUGUGAGCAUCUUUAUCAACUAUCCCAACUGCAUGUUCUCCAUCACAUAUUCUCUUAUUUGCUCUGUACCCCCUGAGAAUAUGUUUUAGAGAUAUUGGAAUAAAGCUGUCUGGGUAAGGAGUAGGCUUAGCCGAACUAUGAAUAAUACACUGUAGUCUAGUUCUUUAUUCUAAAUCUGGAUUGCCAGUAUUGUGUAUUUAAACCAAGUCUGUGAAUACCUGCUUUUUUUGGCCACAGAGUAACAAUUUUUCAUGUAAGAUCUUCAUACCAAAGUAGGAAGUAAAAAUAGCUUAGAAAGCCCUGUCAGGUGUUCUGUGCAGCUGACAGAGGUAAUGUUACAUCACCUCAAAAAGAAAGAUAAACAGUCAGUUAUUCUAAAAAUAAAUUGUUUGGAAAGUACAAUGCACCACAUUUUUGUAGAAGUCUACUAUUUGAUAAACAGUUGAAAUUCAAGAUGUGUUUGACCCUUAGUCAUUUUUACUCUUUGGUUCUGAGUAUACCUAUUUUCUUAGCAUAUCUACCUUGUUUAUCUUUUUCUUCACCUUUUAACAAGUAUGACAUAGGAAAGUCAUUUUUUUAGAAUUCAUGGAUCAGUCUGAUCUACUCUUACUCAUAAUGGAACAUGUAAAUAUAUUGAAAACUGUUUUUCAGGAGAGAAAUAUGAGUUGGAGGGAAGGAAAAGUGGUUCUACUUACGUUCCAAAAUCCUCAUCAGAGAAGGUAUGAUGUUCUCAGGUGCGGAAAAUAUUUUUUAGUUGAUUGAGAAAGCAGGUUUAACAGAAAACAUAAAGAAGGGGCAUAAUGAUUGCCGUUUUUCCAGACUGGAUUUUCUUACCACAACUGUUAAUGUUCUCAGAGUUGAUGAAGGACCACCUUUGUGUAUACACUUGUAGUUUUAAACCUUGCAUUGGUAACAAAAUGAUCUACUUUAAUCCAGGUAGAAUUCAAGAUGGCUGUACUUCAGUUGUAUGAUAAAAUUAAUGGUUCUCAUGACUGUGUGGCAUCUAAAAAUAAUGUUUUUAUAGCAUCUCUCUGCCACUAAAUUGUUGACUUGAAUUUUGGGAAAAAAAGUUGGUGUUGAUAUGUAUAUGUGUGUGUGUAUAUAUGUAUUUAUAAACUGUGUGUGAGUAACAAGUGAGUUUCAUAGUCUUCCCCUACGCAUGUGUAUUCCACACACAAAUGGCUGAGUUAUAGUCAUAAAACAAUUUGCAAUAAAACAAAACAGAUUGUCGGUUAACCAGGAAACAGUUACGUUUUUUAAUGAAUCUGGUAUUACAGUGAGCAAAUGUCAUAUUAAUUUAGGCUAAUUUCUAAUAGUACCAUAAUUUGUGUCUAAAUUUGGACUGGGGUAGAAAUUACUAAAAUUGUGGGGAGUUUGUUUUCUGAUUUUACAUUGCUUUAGGAAACAUUUUUACUAAUUCAGCUGUCUUAGGUAAAAUGAAUAGUUUUCUUCCUGUUUUUUUAUGUGUCAUUGUUAGUGGUCUCAAAAUUCUGAUCAAUAACUUUGUGUAUGAUGCUGAAUUAUACAAACUGUUUGAAUGAUCCAGU